AUGGCGCAGGGUCUCGACGCAAAAUCCUUCGAAAAUUGGUGGACGGCCUGGCAGGCCAAGGGCUACGUCGCAACCCAUGUCUUCGCGACUCUCCCGCACCAGCUCACAGUGCGCAUAUGGCUGGCAUCACGCCAGCCGUCGGCUCCCGAUAUUCGCCUGCCCUAUGGAUCUCGACGAGUUGAGCCAAAUUCCUUCGCCAACAACACAAGGCAAAUCGAGAAGCUUAACCGGCACUACUCGCUCCCUCUUAAGACCAUUCUGUCCACCCCAGCUGCCACGGUUGCCUCCGGGAAUAGCCCUGAUAGGUGA